AUGAAACACCCUUUAUAUUCUAAACGAAUAGCAUAUGAUCGAUUACCUGCCAGAAAACCUAGCAUUAUUCGAAUCACGAAAACAGAUGAAGAUAUACAACGACAAAAAAACCUGUUUAAAAAAUCUCUUCGAAAAAAUCGUUCAACAUUUAUUGAAUACUUUCUAAUAGCUGGCUUUGAUCCAUUAACUUUAGUCAACAACAAUGAUAUUUCUAGUUAUCCAAAAUUUAUUGAAGAUGUAUAUGAGGGCAGUUAUAAAGCCAUGAAUAGGAGUCAUAAAAAACGUUUAGGAACAAUUCUUGGUAAAUUACCUCUUAAACGAAUAAAAGAUAUUGAUAAUAAAUUAAAUAAAUGUGUUGGCUCUUUUUUUGAAUCGAUUUAUUCGUUUGAAGAUAAUCGUUUUAAAAAUCGUAUUCAAAUUGAUUUAAGUAAUCAUGUAUGUAGUUGUUGUGGAUCACACGGACAUGUUGAAGAUGAUUAUGGACAAAACGUUAAUAAUAAUAAUAUAAAUAAUUAUCAAGCAAAUAACAAAUAUACAAAGCAUCACAUGUUACGUGAUCUUUUCUUGUGGUCUGUUCUUAUGGAUAUGCCUGAUAUGGCUAAAGUCUUACUUCUUCAUGUUCGAUCUCGUAUUUGUGCUGCUCUUAUAGCUUCAGCUAUAUUUAAAAAAUAUUCAACAUCAUCUGAAAUUGUGGAUAUAAAAGAUAAAUUUCGAAUACAAUCAUUAGAAUUUGAAACAUAUGCUGCUAUGUGCAUUAAUAAAUGUUAUGAAUAUAAUGAGAAACGUGCUUGUGAAUUACUUUUACGACAAAUACCACUUUUUGGUAAUAUUACAUGCAUGCAGGUUGCUAUAUCAAGUGAAAGUGUAAAAUUACUUGAAACGCCAUGUUUCGAUCAAACAUUAAAUCAAGUAUGGUUUGAUAAAUUAGCUUUGAGUAAUCAUAAAACAUCAGCAAAAUUGUUACAAAUUCCUUCAAUUCUUACUGUUGGCUUAAUAGCACCUUGUAUUAUCACUUAUCGAAAAGAAAAUGAAGAAUCAUUGAACAGUACAAAGGACGAUGCUCUAUCUGAAGAAGGUAUAAACUAUUAUGUUGAUGAACAAAAUUCAAAAGACGAAACGUGUUCAAAUUAUUGGAAACGUUUUAAAUAUUUUCAUGAAAGCUCAAUGAUUAGUUAUUUGUGGUUUUUACUUGUAUUCAGCUAUAUGAUGCUUUAUCAUCUAGAUGGUCGCAAUACAUUUAUUAUUCCUCAUUGGACUGAAAUUUAUGUGAUUAUUACUGUUUCAACUAUGUUUUGUGAAGAAGGCCGAAGACUUUAUCAUGAAUAUAAUACACGUAUGCUUGAACGAUGGGGUUCAACUGGAUCUACUGUAUUAACUGUGUUGACGAAUGUAUUUUAUAUUAUGCCUUAUUUUCUUUUUUAUUUGGGUCUUGGUUUUCGAUAUGCUAGUUAUAAUGAAGGUUUACUUACUACUGCAAGAAUUAUUUGGGCACUUGAUCUUGAAUUAUGGUAUCUUCGAUCACUUAAAUUUGUUAUGGCUUUAAAAUUUUUAGGUCCAAAAUUAUUUAUGUUAAAAAAUAUGCUUCGGGAUUUAUUUGCUUUUGUCUUCAUGAUAUUUAUAGCAAUAACUGCUUAUGGAGUUGUAUCUCGAUCAUUGAUUCUUUAUAAACAAGUACCAUUUACAGGUCAUGGUAUUUUUGGUGAAAUUUUUUAUGAACCAUAUUGGCUCAUUUAUGGAGAAGUGACGGAUAAAUAUUUACUUGAUGAUAUAAUUAGUGGUUAUAAUAAUAGUACAACAGGAAAUGUUGCCGAAGCAACAGCAACACAUGUUUUGUUAGCUUUUCAUAUGUUAUUUAUUAAUAUUCUUUUACUCAAUUUAUUAAUUGCCGUUUUUGCUGAUUCAAUUGGAAAAGUUCAACAAAAUACAGAAUUUUAUUGGCGUUAUCAACGUUAUUCAUUUGUACGGGAAUAUUUCGAACGUUUACCAUUAUCCUAUCCUCCAUUAAUUGUUAUUCCACAUAUCAUAUUACUGUUUUUAACUAUUCGACACUUAUGUUGCCUGAAAUUAGGUCGAAAUCAAGUGGUCGAUGAAAAUUAUAUACCACUGUCAAAAAAAUUCACACGUAGUUUUAAAAUGAUUCCAAAACGUGAUUCACAAAAUGAACAAUGGGAUUUAUUUGAAAAUGCUGCAACGCAUAGUUAUGCUCGUUCAAUAUUAGAACAAAAUAAAAAUAAAAAUACAUUAACUACCAAUCAAAAACAAUUGAAUAAAAACAUGACUACAACUGAUUCGGUAGUUGAAAAAACAAUUUUAGAUCAACAAAAAACAAUAGAAAAUUUAAAAAAUGAAUUAAUGUCAACAUUUAAAUCAGCUCUUACAGAAACUAAAAAAGGAUUAGAACAAAAUAAUUCAAGAAUGGAACAUCGUUUAGAUGAGAUGAAAACAUCACUUGAAUGGAUGAUGAAUGCCAUAUCACGUGUGAAAAUGAACGAUCCAAAUGAUCCAAGACCUACAUUUGAAUCAUCUUCUACUAAAAAUGAUAUUUCGUCUACACAUCAAACAACAACAUUAACCACAAAUUCUACUGAAUAG